UAACCAUCACCCUCCGCCAGAGUAUCGAAGUUACUUUGUGAAACCCUUCCUACGCAUAGCUCAGUCUCGCUCCCAGGAACCCGCAGCCCAUAGUCCGACUCUUCCAUGGCGAAGAAGAGAAAUCCAUCACCGCCUCCUCCAGCCCACGAAAAACCCAUCUCCAAAAAGCAAAAACCAGGCCAUGAAAUCGAAGAGAUCUUCAAGAAGAAGAGGAAGAAACCCGAGAAGACAGACCCGGACCCGGAAAUCUCCAAUACAGAUCAGGAGAACAUGAAGAAGGAGAAGAAGAAGAAGAAGAACAAUGAAAAUAGCAAGAAGAACAAGGUGUCUUUCAAAGGGGAUGGGCCAGUCGAUCCUCCUCCCCGGCCGAGGAGGAAAACGCAGGACGGGUUCACCAUCUACUCCGCCGAGGAGCUGGGGAUUGGGAAAGAUUCUGGAGGUACCCCUCUUUGUCCGUUCGACUGUUCUUGCUGCUUUUGAAUGGCACUCGACGACGGGUUCGGGUCCUUUCUAGGCUUUUGGUCUUGUUGUUGGGUCAAGAAAAUCUCGGGUUUUUGAAAUAGUUUUUUGAUGGGUUGCUUUGGAAUUCGUCGAAUUGGUGGUGAAAGCGGUCGGAUUCUGUCUAUGUCUUUCGGGGUUCUUUGGUAUUCGGAUUAUGUACAUUAGAGCCCAAAUACUUGAUAAUUCGAUCUGAUUUUAUUGUUAUUAGAUUAUGAAUUGGGCCUUUUUGUUUGGCAUGAUUAAAAUCUGUUGUAGUUGCAUGCGA